GGCCAGAGUGACCCGGACAUGCAACCGGGGCCUGUUUUUGUGACUGCAGCCUCCUUCCUGUAGCCCGGUUGAGGAAGUGAAUUUCGCUGACAGGGCUGGGUUCAGAGAGGGAGACGCGAACAAAACAUCUUCAUCACGGCUCUCAAAAAACAUCAAAGCAACAAGAGACAAAAGGAGCGACCUGUUAAACCAUAGUAAAGUUAGGGUGUACACUCAUCGGUGAAGUCGUGCUCUCUCCUGCCCAGCUGAGACCGCCGCAGACAUGAAUGACCAGCAGCUGGAUUGUGCUCUGGACCUGAUGAGGCGUCUGCCUCCUCAGCAGAUCGAGAAGAACCUCAGUGACCUCAUUGACCUGGUGCCCAGUCUGUGUGAGGACCUCCUCUCCUCUGUGGACCAGCCCCUAAAGAUCGCACGAGACAAAGUGGUGGGGAAAGACUAUCUGCUCUGUGAUUACAACCGAGACGGCGACUCCUACAGAUCCCCGUGGAGUAAUAAGUAUGAACCUCCCAUUGAAGACGGUGCAAUGCCUUCAGCCCGCCUGAGGAAACUCGAGGUUGAGGCAAACAAUGCCUUCGAUCAGUACAGAGACCUGUACUUUGAAGGUGGGGUUUCCUCCGUGUACCUCUGGGAUUUGGAUCACGGCUUUGCAGGAGUUAUUCUCAUUAAGAAGGCUGGAGAUGGAUCCAAGAAGAUCAAAGGGUGCUGGGACUCCAUUCAUGUGGUGGAGGUGCAGGAGAAGUCCAGUGGUCGUACCGCUCACUACAAACUCACCUCCACUGUCAUGCUGUGGCUCCAGACAACGAAAACUGGCUCCGGUACCAUGAACCUCGGCGGCAGCCUUACAAGACAGAUGGAGAAAGACGAGACGGUUGGAGAGUCCUCACCCCACAUCGCUAACAUCGGCCGCCUCGUUGAAGAUAUGGAGAAUAAGAUCCGCUCCACACUGAAUGAAAUCUACUUUGGGAAGACCAAGGACAUCGUCAACGGCCUGAGAUCUAUUGAGUCUUUGCGUGACAAUCAAAAGUACUGGCAGCUCCAAAAGGAGCUGUCACAGGUGCUCACCCAGCGACAGACCUCCAUUGAGAAGGGGUCAAAGGAGUGUGCAGACUCUGGCUGACAAGUCAAAGCAGGAUGCUCUGAAGGUCGACCUGAUGGAGGCGCUCAAACGCAAACAUAACAGCUAGAGAUGCUACUGUUGUUUUCUUCUGUCUCUCUGUUUCUCUCUCUGCCUCAUCCCUGCCAUCUUUUCUCUGUUUCUUUAUGUCUCUUCCUCCAUGCCUGUUUCAGUGCUGCACUCUUGUUUAUUUGUGGAAAAAUAAAAAAGGAGAAAUGCUUAGCUUUUUUUUUUUUCUUUUUUUUGUCUGGUUGUUUUCAUGCAUCUCAUCUGCCAUGAAGCCAUUCACUCACGCUCUGUUUGUCUUCGCCCCUCUUUUCUCUCUCUCUCUCUCUCUCUCUCUCUCUCUCUCUCUCUCUCUCUCUCUCUCCCCCCCCCCCCCCCCCCCCCCCCCCCCCCCUCCCUCCCAUGUUAUGAAUAUGAUAGUAUUAUCACGGUUAAUGAUAAUCUCAAGGGUCACUCUAAUAAUAAUCCCUGAUGUUCUCACAGCUGAUAUGUCCUCAGUCGAUUUGUAACGAGCGACUCUGGCCCUGCUCUUCCUCUGUGACGAGGACACAGACUGUGCAGUAGGUGGUGGAGGCUUGGCAGUGGUGUCAUUAUGUUCAUCAAAUUAUAUUCUUGCAUCUAUCUUUUUUUUUCCUAUGACACCCCCCCCCACCCGACCCAAACUCAAAUAUAUUUGUAUAGAAUUAAAACUGUCCAUGUAUAUCGAGUGGUUAUUCUUCUGGGCGAUGUAAACGGUGCAAAGACGAGGGCGGCCUUUCUGUGUGAGCAAGAACGUUUUUACACUUUAUUUCCACUCUGUCCACAUGCAUGAGAGCCUUUGUGGAGCUGCAGAGGGUGGAAAUGAAAACUUCUCAAACAUAGGGAUGGACUGUUAUUAUCGCCGGGUACACCCUCGUCAUAAUCAACUCCCCUCACACACACACACUGUAUAACAUGACAGUUUGCUUCCCCUUUGUUCAGCCUGUUAACGUCUUCUCUAUCCUCACCUAUUAUGUCUUUGUUGGGGGUCACAGUUUGUCUUGGUGUCACAGUGGAAACCUUUGUUUCCAUUUUGGAGGGGAAUCUUUGUUGUAUUUUUUUUGUUUUGUUUUUAUUUUGUAAAGCUUAUGACUCAUAUUGUAUUAGAGCCUCCAGCAACAAUAAAAAUUGUAAAAAGCUG